CAGUGCAAGUCCCGACUAAACUCCGGAUUCACCCCCGCCUUGAUUCUUGAUAACGCAACAAAGGAAUUACUCUCCGGCUGUCCCGUUCGAAAGACAACCAUGGAUCUGCAAGAGAAUCGAGAACGCAUGCGCCGCGGCGAGCUCUACCAUGCCUUCGUCUCUGAUCUCACAGCUGAUCGAGCGCGUUGCGCCAGUGCCUGUCGCCGCUUCAACAAUGCAGGUGACGUGUCUCGUCGACAGUCCCUCGAGUUGUGGAAAGAGUAAGUGAACAUAAUUGAGUAUAUGCUCCCCACGCCGGAAUACAACCACGGCAGGCUCCACGCGGAUGGAACAGUCGUCCACGGCAUGGCGGUUACAGCCGGGCUGACAGGAACAGCAUCGUGGGUGAUACCACCC